CUUUACACACACGAUGCAAUUCCUGAAGGCCAGCUUUGAUUGACCGAUGCCGAGUGCUACUUCCUGCUGUCAGCAAAAUUUUUGGGCACUCACCAAGACCAUACUCUUGUAAAAUGUUUAAAACAUGCUCCACAUUAUCGACAACAAGCGAAAUCUUCUUUACAUAACUCAAUGAUCUAAAUUCUUCAACAGCAUAAAGAAACAGCGGUCGUCCCUGGGACAGAUUUUCAAAAUCACAAAACAAUAAGUGGUAAACUGCAAAUUGUUGUUUAGCAUAAAAUAAAGUAACAGAAAUUAAUUCAUUUCUUAAAAUAAUUAAGGAGUAUUCAGUAAAAUCUUCACAUCCACUUUAAAAAAUUCGCUAAAUUAUUAUAGGACAUCUUGUGUAGACAUGUUAAAUAGGAACUAAAAAGUUUGAUUUAUAAAAAUUAAUUUAAAAAAUGGAAAGUCAAAGUUAUGAAGGAAACCAAACAUUUAGAUGUAGAAUCUGUCAAAAUAAUGUAGAAUCUUUACAAAAAAUUGAUAAAUUAACAAUUGAUUAACAAAUUAACUUUUAAUAGAACAUUUUUCAAUCAUGACAAAAGAACUUAGUGAUAAACUAAACUAUCUUUACCAUAAUCUUAAUGUACUGUUUGGGUAUAGAACACCCCAUCCUUUCACUGGAACCAGCACAAGGAAUUACAACUCCUACAUCAAAUUCCACCAUCCUUUAAACUUCUCUCAACUAAGCAAAUUUUCUUUUAAUAAUAUUUGUCAAUUCAAAAAGGGUUAAAACUGAGAAAUACUUAGAGAACGCUGAAGGCAAUGCAACAAAAUCAAUGUUCCUAAGAACCUUUGACAUUUUGAAGCUGACAGCCGAAUGUAAAUGUUUUGAAAGGUAACAUUACUGUUACCUUUUAUCUGUUAUCAAUUGUAUACCCCCACUUUUAUGUUGUCUGCAUCGACUUAGUUUGGUUUUGUCGUCUCAAAGGAUUUGAGGGAAAGACUGAUGGAAAAAAGGCGUCGUUUAUUAUUCACCAUGGUUACUUACCACAGUAAGGCAUAUGUUUGCUUUAAUUUUUUGAAUGAACCCAUUUAUUUUUAGAUUGCUUACAUAUCCCUUUAAGGAUCCUAUUAAGGUUUAAAACAUGGAUACUUCAAAAGCCGGAAAAGCAAAAGCUGCAAAUGAUAUCAUUUUAAAGAAAAACAAAAAUGAAGCUGAAAAAGUAUAUCUUACUCAAAAAGCUGUCAAUCAAUCUUUCCUCACUAGGAUACAUCAAGAGAGAAAAGAAGCAGAAACAGAAGCCGCUUGUGCAAAUGCAAAGGUAUCCCAAGGUUGGAGAACUGAAGAAGUAAAACAAGAACACAAGUUGGGUCUAGAAAUGUUGAAGGAUAAAUACAAAUGGGCCAAGGAUAUGAAGGACAGGAUCAGGAGAAAGUUGAAUUACUAAGAAUGAUGGAAUUAGAGAAACAUUUACAAGAAUUGGAUGUGCGGAAUAGAAUGGAAGAAGAACAGAAAAAACUUAAAUAUAAAGAAGAAUUACAGGACCAAAUGAUUGACCGCCAGAAGAUUAGGGAAGAAGACUACAAAGCUCUAUUAGAUGAGAAAUCAUUUAUUGAUGAUGCUAUGAGAACCAUAUCAGAAGAAGACAAGAGGGAUGAAGAACUUAAAAUUAGAAAGAAAAAAAUAGCAAAACAAGAAGCUGAAUCAAUGUUGAAUGCAAAGAAGGUGUGGGUUGAAAAAGAAGCAAAAUUACAAGAGGAGGAAGACAGGAAAAUAAGACAAUAUUUAGAAGAUAAAGAAAAAAAGGAAAAGGAACUUCAAGAAGCCAACAGAAAAAAAGAGGAAAUAAGACUAAAUAAUAAAAUAGCAUGUGUAAACCUUAUUAAAUCAAAUGUGCAAGAACAAGCUGAACGAGAGCGAAUAACCCAAAUUUUGAUAGACGAAGAUAGUAGGUUGAAAGAAGAGGACAAAAGGAGGCAGGAAAAAGAAAAUAAGUUAAGAGAUACGUACAUAUUUAAGGAAAUCACUUCGAAGCAAAUGGAAAACCGUUUAAAGACAUUAGAAGAAGAAAAGAUGCAAGAUUUCAGAUUUUGUCAACAGUUGUUAGAAGACAAUCACAAGGCAAUGUUGCGUGAACAAGAACUAUUAGAACGUAAACGUCAAGAGAACUUGGAAUACGGAAGGGCAUUAAAAUCUAUAAUGGAACUACACCACAUGAAUAAACUUAGAGAAUUAGAAAUACAAUACCAACAGCACCAAUAUGACCUCAAAGAAAUAGAAAAAAGGCGAGUCUUACUCGAUGAAGAAAGGAGGAAUCUCAUAAAAGAACAUGUCGGAAAUCUCCUUGGAUACUUACCUAAAGGUGUAAUCAGAAAAGAAGAUCUUCCUUAUCUAGAUCCAGAUGUGCGUAAAUUUUAUGAAAGUCAAACCAAAGAUGAUUAAAUUUUUCUUUUCCCAAAAUUGUUGAUUUUAUGAUAAUUUAUAUGAUAAUAAUGUCAUAUUUAGUAAUUUUAUCUGUGUAUAAAAAAUUUUGACAUUAUCAUGUUAUUAUUUUUUAAACUGUUUUACAAAUCAAGAAAUGACUGAUUUAUUUUAUUAAAUUAUCAAAACUUGUAUGUAAAAAAAAAAAACAUAUAUAUAUAUAUAUAUAUAUAUAUACAAAAUUUACGUUUUGAGAUAAUUGUUGGGCCCUGGCUAAUUCUGGCAAUGUCUUCCUAGUUGUCAUGUGAUACUUAUCACAUUUCAUUUAACUUUUUUUUUUUUUUUUUUUUUUAUUUAUUCAUGAUAUUUACAACUGUAUUAAAAAAUUAAAUACAUUAAUUAAAUUUGAUAACAGAAAAUAAUAACAUGAAAUGACUUGUUGAGAAACUACCCACUGGUAGCACUCUAAAAACAAAAUGUAUUUACAAUAAGAGAUCUCGAGGCCAUCUUCUUUUCAGACGUCUCGGAGGGUUAUCAGGAAUAGAAGAGGAAGCAAGGUUAGAGACGAGAGGAUUCGGAUGGUUCUGAAGUUUAUUAUGGAAGGAUUGGUAUCUGGAUUGGGCCAAAUCGGAAACAUAAGGAACAUUAAGGUCAUUAUGGAUUAUUUUAUUGGUAACAAAGUAAGGAGCAUUGAUGAUUUUGGAUUGUAAGGAUUGGAUACAAGAGGAAUUCGAUGGCUUAGUGGAGCCCCAAAGCUCAACUCCGUAAGUCCAAAUAGGUCUUAUCGUAGUCAUGUAUAUAAGUCUUUUGUAAUUAACUGGAAGCUUAGAGCGUUUGUCUAGUAAGUGUUGGAGUAGUCGGAAACGUCGAGCGGUUUCUUGUCGUUUCAGUCUGGUAUGAGGAUUCCAAGUUAGACGUUUGUCCAAGUGAAGUCCAAGGUAUCGGAUUUGUUCAACAGGGAUAAGUGGGGUAUUAUUAAAGGAUACUGUGGGACAUGAGGUCAUAGGUUUACGUCGAAGGGUAAAGGUGAUUUGAUAGGAUUUAUUAGAAUUUAUUUUAAUCCUCCAGUUUUGACACCAUUCUUCAAGGCUUGUGAUGUGCGAUUGAAAAAUUUGGGAUGCAAUGGUUGGGUCAUUAUUAACGGAUAGGACACAUGUAUCAUCGGCAUACGUGGUAAUAACAGUGUUAGGAUGUGUUGGGAUGUCAGCUGCAUAAACUGUGUAAAGGAUAGGACCAAGGAUACUACCUUGAGGAACACCAGCGGACUGGGAAAAGAGGGAUGAAUAAGCAUUAUUGUGAUUGACUUUUGAGUAUCUAUCAGUUAGAUAGGAACGAAUAAUGAGGAAGUAUGUAGGAUUUAGGAAUUUACGGAGUUUGUAAAGUAGUUCUGGGUGCCAGACUCGAUCAAAAGCCUGUUCUACAUCGAGAAAGACUCCCAUGCAGUAUAUUCCGCGCUCUAAUGCAGAGGAGACAACAUCCACCACACG